UAUCGCUGCCAGCCCAGGCGUGCUUAUCUACCUUACGCCGCUUCCCUGCACGGAUCACACUUAAGGCGCAGCCUUGUCCUCUUCCAACCACCGGUUGCAGCGACCUCGACGCCAGAGAUGGUCACCACUACCCAGUGCAAGUUCCUGGCCGCCCUUGCUUUGGUCCUGCUGUGCUGCGCCAUGGUCACCACCAACGCUGACUAUACCGUGGACGACAUCCGGCAGAUUGUGAACCGUCGCAAGGGCCUGGAGAUCAUUCGGGAAAUUGUCGACGAUCUCCAUCGCCAGCUCACCACCCUUCACAAGCGUUCGUGCCACAUUGAUGCCGGCUUGAACCGAGGCUGCGAUUACAAGGACAUCAUGGACGCCGUGGAGGAGAACAAGUUCUGGAAGUCCAGGGACUCGCCCGGCCGAAGGAGGCGAUCUAUUGAAGAUAAGGCGACCAAGGCGGCGACCUCCAGCCAGGCCACGCAGGACGCGGUCGUCAGGAGCGUCCAACAAGCAGCAAACUAGACGUUGGCCAGCCGCCUUAGCCCUUCCCGCGCCUCCAUACGUUUCCCGUUUUGCUCGCCAGGGUACCUUUUCCCAUUGCUAUAUACAUAUACGUACACACAAUACGGCCCCUGCUGCCCUGCCCUUCCAAGGAGCGCCGCCACUCACCUAUUCUCAUCCUGACUGCAACGACCACUCCACCUCACCCGCAACUCCAAGGUCCCCCCCCCCCCUCUUGUCAUCGACAGUAGCAGCAUAAUCUCUUUUGUUCCCGUUCACUUUUUGUACAGAACACUCCACCCUGCAGAUCUGCUCCACGUAACCGCAUGUUCGAUGUGCUCCGAGACCACCGCCGCAGUCGCCUCCUCGACCACGGUCCCAGCAAGGCCCCAUGGUCCCCUCGCGCGCUCAGAGGCCCGCUUCAACUCCCACGUGGGGGCUCUGUGUUCGAUACGUCCUCCGUCUAUGCGUGGCCACAACAUGUACUACUUAAUAUAGUUUACCUUGUAAACAAUAAAGUGUCUAUUUUCCCCCAUGGU